AUGAAUCAUCUUUUUUCUUAUUUUCCAAGGAUUAAAAACUGGGCUCUUGGGCAUAGGCCCCCGGCUGCAGCCAGAGUUGCCCGAGGUGUAAAUCGGGCUCUGAGCAGUAGCAUGGAGAACACGGCACAACGCUCAGGCAACGAGCCAAGUGAGCUACCGUACGAGUUGAUAAAACUGAUUACAAAGGAUUUCAGCGAGGAGCUUGGGCGUGGUACAUUCGGAAUAGUUUAUAAGGGCGUGUAUGCAGAUGGUGCAGAGAUUGCCGUGAAGGUAUUACGCAACAUUUCUGGAGGACUGGAUGAUGUGGAAUUUCAGAAAGAAUUUGACAAUCUUAGGGGGCUCAAGCAUCCAAAUAUUGUAGAGCUAGUGGCGUUCUGCAAUGAAAUAGUGGAAGAACCUGCAGAGUUUCAAGGACAACAAAUUACUGCCGGACGUGUGCGUACCGCACUCUGCUUCGAGUAUGUACACAAUGGUGGCCUAAACAAGUUUAUUAGUGAUCAAUACACAGGACUUGGCUGGCCUGAGCGCUACAAAAUAAUCAGAGGUGUUUGUGAGGGUCUAGCAUAUCUUCGCUUGGAAAUAGAGAAUCCAAUAAUGCAUCUCGACUUGAAACCUGAGAAUAUAUUGCUAAAUAAGAAUAUGGAAGCGAAAAUCGCAGAUUUUGGAAUAUCAAAGCUCUUCGGUGAAGAGAACACAAAAAAGACAAUGAGUGUCAUAGGUACAAUGGGAUAUUGGCCACCAGAAUACAUAAAGCAUCAAAUUAUAUCAAAAGAGUUUGACAUAUUUAGUUUGGGUGUAAUCAUUGUAAAAAUAAUGGUCGGACAGAACUACAAUUCUAUUGUCGAGAUGACAGCCCGGAAAUCUAUCAAGCUUGUACAUGAAAGUUGGAAAGAUAGGCUAAGUGCAACGAUACCGAGUCACAAACUUGAAGCAUAUUGCAAUCAGGUGAAAAGAUGCAUUGAGAUAGCACUAGAUUGCUUGAAGUCAAACCGACAAGAAAGGCCUACUAUAAAACAUAUUGUUGCUUGUUUGAAAGAGACGGACACAAUGUUCUAUGAAGAUGAUGGAGAUUCAUCCACUCUUUCUUCAGAUAUCAACAAUAUCACCACACCUUCUUCAGAAACCAGCUUCAUCCCGCAAUCAGAAAAUGGGCCAGACUUGGAGCUGCUUGAUUCAGAACACACGGAGCUGCUUCACGUCCAACCCCGGGAGCUCUGCUUCCCAUUCAUGUCGUCGUUGGAAGUACUACCAAGAAAGAAGGCCAUGAUCUCCUGCUCGCUGCAACUAAACAACAAGGAAAACGACCGCGUCGCAUUCAUGCUUGUGGCCAAGACUCCGAAGAAGUACUUGACAAGGAAGCCGCUCUGCGGCAUUGUACCUCCAAGGUGCAUCUACACUCUCAGUCUCACAAUGCCCAAGCAGCCACCAGUGACAUCGUCAUCAGACAGCGGCGGCGACUACUUUACACUGUACACCACCUUAGUGAGCCAAUACGACCCCCGCGAUCACGACAAAGAUUCCGUCUCCGUCAAGUACCACAAGCUCUUUGAGAAGGCCAAGCAGGCCGGCGAAGAGGUGCACGAGCUGACGCUGAGGGCUAUUUGUGAUCAACCAGCUCAAGGGGCGUCGUCGUCUGAUCAGAUCAUAAUUGUGCCUGAUGCUCAGCAAGUUUCGUCCAUAGAUGUGCAUCCGACGGAGCCAUGGAUUUUGACGACAAAUCACGUAGGGAUCAUUCGUGUUUGGAACUACCACACAAUGGAAACGCUGGACUCCUUUAAAUUAGUGAUAUAUGAACCAGUUUGUGCGGCAAAAUUUAUAGCAAGGGAGAAAUGGAUCAUCACGGGUGAUGGUAAUGGGGUGAUCCAUGUGUACAGUUACGACCAAAACCAACAUGACAAGACCUUGGAUGCUCAAGAUAGUUGCAUCACAACUUUGGUUGUGCAUCCAACGCAACCUUUUGUGCUGUCAUUAUCUGAUGAUGAAGAUGACCCAUUGAUCAAGCUUUGGGACUGGGACAGGGGCUGGGAAUGUACUCGAGAAUUUCGGGGACACACUAACAAAGUGAUGCAAGUAACGUUUAACCCAGAGAACAAGGACUGUUUUGCUAGUGCUUCCUGUGAUGGCACGGUCAAGAUCUGGAGCAUCUGUUCCGAUAAGAUCACCACACUGAAAUUGGGUGGUCAAAGCCUGCUCUGUGUUGAUUACUUUACACGCCGUAAUCAACGAUAUCUGAUCGUGGGCUGUCAAGACAAGACCGCACAGAUCUGGAAAUUGGAGAUGAAUGGAUGUUUUGACAAGCUAGAAGGGCAUGCAGGCCAUAUCAGUGCCGUCAGUUUGCACCCGGAGCAUCGAUUGUUACUUACAGGUUCACUUGACGGAACCGUACGCGUAUGGAACUCCAUUACCUACAAGCUUGAGAACAUAAUUGGUUUCAACCUCGGUGCAGUUUAUGCUUUUGGAUGCAUAAAGGGCUCAAGGAUGGUGGUUGGGUGUCAUGAAGGAAUAGCAAUGGUGAAAAUUUCUUUGCCUUCAGCAUCAAGGUGUUAG